CCGAUGUCCAACACAGAGGAUUGGUAAUGGCUUCCUAGUCGAGAAACCGGAAGAUGAGAGAUUCAGAACCAAUUUCACGUGCGAUGAUGGCUACAGGCCUGCUCCAGGGGCUUGGGCCGAAUGCAAUCAGGCCGGAUGGGUAUUGACCGAGCCCAUGUGUGAACCGCGAGACGUCUGUACUCCAUAUCAGAUCAGUAUCCACGAGGAUCCUGCACUAUAUUCGGACGCCGCUAGGCAGUGUGAACUACGCAAUGCAUCGCUUCUCAGCAAAGCAGAGCACGAGAAGUUAGCGGGCUCGGCAUGCUCCAACUACGUCACGUGGACACUUCGGCGCAACAAUCUGGCGAGCACCUGGCUGAAGGAAUCCCGGUCAGAGGGCAGUGUGUUUAGCCUGGAAUCUGAACCAAUUGAUGCCAGCUCUGGCCAAUCUGCCAGUCCCUUUAUUUGUGUCACAGACCGAAAUGAAUGUCAGGAGGAUGGAGCUGUUUGUGAUGCCUCCUUCACAUGUGUAAACACAAUGGGGAGUUAUGAAUGUCAUCGGCGAGAGUGCGUACCAGUGUACGUUCCUAAUGGCUUUGUGAACACCACACCUGUGAAUCAUGAAGUCACAGCCACUUGUGACGCAAGUUAUACCACUGUAAACAAAGCGACAUGUACGGAAGGAGGAUGGGUGGCUGGACGCGUUCCACAUCCAGAUCGGCCUACAGUUUUUCACGAUGGGCAUUUAUGUGGAAAACCUGUAGGUUGCCUAAGAAUGGAUAUACCUCAUGGUCGAGUCCAUUCAGCACCACAUCGUGCGAUUGUUUCUGCCACAUGUGAAAAUGGAUAUCAUUCCAUUAAACGGUUUUACGAAUGUGUCAAGGAUAGGGAUGGUGGAUUCUAUUGGGGGAAGAGAUACAACACUGAUGGCUGUUUUCCAUUGAACAGCUGCCCAGAGAAUGCUGGAUCGAAAUAUAUGCUCAGCACGCGAGGUGGCCUGGUACCUACAUAUAGCAAUUUCCUUGAAAAUUGCGCAGCCACUGCUGAAGGUCGUUUGCCAACGUCUUCUGAUUUGCCAUGUAUGAAGCAGAUACUCACGUUUUUGUUUUCAAAGCGCCCGGCUUUCCGAAAAGUCUUCUUCUAUGCUGGUGGGGCAGGCCACGUCCUGACCAUCAGCGAUGAUGGAGAGUUUCACGAGUCUCGUUUAUCACCGGCACAGCGCAACCAAACGUUUCCCGGAGCAGACCUGGUGGUGUGCAUGCCAGCUUGCCAUCAGACGUGAGAGAACAGAGAAAACCGCAGCAUCUGAUUCCAGUCAAGCCGUCUGUCAUACGGACACGAUUUUAUGUUUCUGCGGUGCACGAUUCCAUCUACAUUCCAAUGCUGCCCCCGCGAUGCUUCGUUUAUCUGCUAUAUAUUGCAGUGUGAUCGUACCAGUUUAGCACACAUCUAAUUUCUUUGUUGGAUACGUUUUUUAAAGUUAUUAACUUCAUUCCUUCUUUGAAUACGAUGACUACCAACAUGAUGUCUUGGAAACUUUGGUCUUUGGUGUGUGGU